AUGCCAUAUGCUCAUAGACUAGAUCUCAGAUCUCGAUUUAAUUCAGGAAUUACACAUAAUUUUGAUUUUCCAUACGGAGAUUCUUACAAUGAGACUAUGAGAACAAUACCAUCACUGAAGAAACACAAUAUCACAGGCUUCGAACAGUGUUUAUCAAUCAUCGAUACAGGAAUUGACGAAAAAAAUCAAUGGUUGAUCAGACCCAACCUCACAGUCGACUCAAAAAUAUACACAUCAUUAAAUCUAGCCGAUGAUGAAGAUGAAUAUGAAGGUCACGGUACAUUUGUUGCAGGAAUUGCAGCAGGAAAAGCUUAUUGCUCUGAGUUUGCAAAAUCAUUCAAUGGUGUUGCAGAAGAUGCAAGAAUAUACAUGGUUGAUAUUAAAAAUAAGAAAACUGGUAAACUUUAUUGGCCAGAAAACUUUUUAGAUUUAUUCCAACCAUCUGACAACUUAAAAUGCCCGACAAUACUCAACGCAUGGACUAUUGAUGAUCCGCUACUUACAACUGCAAUGGAUAUCAUUGCUUACAAGAAUCCAAAAUUAUUAAUGAUAUUCCCAUCGUUAGUUGACAAAGAUGGUGGAAUAGUCACCCCAGGAGCUGCAAAGAACAUUCUCUCAGUAGGAGCAAUCAAUUCCCUUCCUAUUGCCAAAGGAUUUAAACAAACUGAGACAACGGUUACAGUUUUCAACGAAAGAACUAACGAAUAUUAUUUCGGAUAUACAGAUCCAUGCGGGAUACCGUUCCUUAAUACCACAUAUACAAAGGAUCCUUUAGAAUUGCAUUCAUCAGUUGGAAUCAAAGCUUCUGAUGUUCAUAUCGUAGAUGAAAAUUCAAAGUCGACAACAACUGCCCCAGCAGCGUUGGUUUUUACGACAAAUGAAAUUAAAAAUAAAUUUAAUUUCCCUGUUAUUCGACUUUCACCAUCUAAACAAGGCCAAUUCAAGCCAGGAGAUAAUAUAACAAUCAUUCCUUCUCCUUUGGAUGAAGGAACAGCUAAAUCUUUUGGAAAUCCAGACGGAAAAUCUGGAAUUAAGAACAAACACUUCCCAUUCUUUGCGAAACCAGAACUUUCAGCACCAGGAGGUCCAAUGCUUGGUCCGAAAGCAGGAAGCUCCGCUUGUGGCCUCGACGGAUUAACAAUUAAAGAAGGACCAAGCGUUGCUUCAGCUAUUAUUGCUGGUUCAGCAGUCCUUGCGAGACAGAUUUUGCAGAUGGAGACCAUGAAAGGCAUUAAACAUAUAUAUUCUUCAGCAGUUCGUGCUGCUAUGAUUGCAUCUGCAGAUUAUCUCAAUUUCAAGAACAAAACUGGACCAAUUGAAGGUCAAGGCUUUGGUGUACCCCAACUAGAGCGUAUCAUUCCAACGAAAUUAGGUAACGAAACCAAGAAAGUAUUAAAUGUGUCGAAUAAUCUCCAUAUUCUUCACAAUAAUACCAUAAAAUCGGACUCAAGAAAUGACUAUUGCCUCACCUCUGAACAAGAUGGCGUUCUUUCGAUUGCUUUAGUUUGGCACGAUUAUCCAAGAGACCCACGCUCCAACGAAUUCCUUUCCCAACCUCUCUAUUUAAAUGUAGCAACUGAUGAGAUACCAUACGCCUUCCAUUUGGCCAACAACGACGCAGAGGACCAGCCAACAUUAGAUCAUUUCAACACAGCUCAACGAAUCCUUCUCAAAGUCCGCAAAAAUAUGAAGCUCCAUAUUAAAGUUGUAUCAGGUCAUUUUUCAAUCGCCGCUUUGGCCCAUUAUUCCAUUGCAAUUGUUGGAAAUAUUUCAUGGCCCGACAACUAUAAGUGCGAUGGCUAUUUCGUAGUUGGUAAUUGUCCAAGAGAAUGUCGUGGAAGAGGCUCAACAUGCCGCCAGAACAAGCUUUGCCAGUGUUCUAACGAUAGAGGAGGAGAUUUCUGUGAUUUCAGAGCAGAUAAGCUUGAAAAAGACAAAUUAAUAACAGUUUCACUGACAAAACGCUUUGAAUGGAGCAUCUUCAAGUACUUGCCCGAUAAAUGGUCACAAGGAAUGUCAAUGAAAAUGAUUAUUAACGGAAUUAACUACGAUAAAGCAGGAUUUAUGGUAAAUUCUGCAAAAGCUCCGACAUUUGAAAACAACGCAUGCUCGGAAAUAUAUUGUCCAUGGGCAACUUUCGAUGGACAGAACUAUACGUUUAAAUAUGAAGAUUGGGACUUCAUUUCUAAGCAUACAAACAUGAUGUUUGGGUUCUACCAGAAGACAAAAGAGCCUCAGACAUUCACUAUUGAAAUGAAGCUUAUUAAACCUGCAAAGAAGCAAGAUCCUUCACCAACCCCUAAUGUUUGA